CUCUCUGAAGACCAAACUUCCCUGUGUGGCCAGCAGAGGAAGCCUUGAGGACAGAACUCGGGUGACGUGGGAGUUUGUGAGGCUGAGAGGUGUCCUCCUGCACACACUUGUAACAGUUUGAAUUGCUUUCCUUCCAUGUUUCUCUUGGCGGAGAGAAAUGCCAUCAUGCUUACUGCUCUCUUAGAUUCUUGGUACACAGCAGCUCCCCAUUCACUCUGGGAACGCUGUCUCUGUGCUGCGUAUAUGUGUGUGCUGUGUGCACACACACACGGGUGCUGGUGCAGCUCACCAGCGAGUGUGCAGCAGGCGAAUGUGAAGGUGUCCCCUGCUUCUCUGUUGUCACACAACUCCCUUCCCUGUGUUUCUCUCCAGUUGUCCUUUGUGGUGUUUUUGCAGCCUGUUAGUGGAGGCUGAGCUGUUAAGGUAUGAAAAUGUAGCCCCAGAUGGGGAAUUUGCCAUGGGGAAGGGCCACACUUACUGACUGAGUGAUCUUGGAGACCACAUUUUGCUGGGAAUGAAAGGACUCCCGCCCUGAGCAGGAUGCUUAUUUAUUGGGAGGUGGCGGGCAAGGGACAGCCCAGCCGGAGCACAGGUUGAUUGGCUGGCUGCUCACUGGGACAGGUGGCCCCACUGGCAUCCUGUGGAUUCCGAGCAGGUUGAGAUGUGGAUAUCUCCAUGGGAAGCUUAAACCAGGCCAGAACAGCUGUCUGCCAAAGAUACAAGAAUAUGCAAAGUCCCUCUUCUCUUCUCACCCCCUCCUUCCCUCAAGUCUUGGUUCAUUUGAUAGCCGGGGAUAUGGAUCUAGGGUGCGGUUGCUGGGUCACCUGCCUGUUACCACACCCCCACCCACCCCGGGGGUGUGAGACAGCAGGGUGUCCAGGUUGAUGAUUGGCUGCAAGGGGUCAUAUAGCCUGGGUGUGGGUGAGGGUCUGCCUGCCUGUCUGUCUGUGUGGGUGUCUGAGUUCCGAAAACAUGUUGUUUGUUCCUCCUCAUCCUCUUCUGAGACUGUUGUGUUUUCCAAGCUUGAUUGUGAGAGAAGAGCUUGUACGAAAUUCCCCCUUUGCCUCCCCACCUCCCCCCAAAUAAAAGGGGGAGUAAACAUUGGUCCACUGGAGAAGCCCCAGGGGAGGGUGGAGACUGCCUGCUGAAAGGGCAGUGCAGCUGGGUCUGGGGCUGGACUAGAGCUCACACUGGAGCACCUACUUUCUAUGCACACAAAGAGCACCCCAUUCCCAGCAGAACAAAGGUGCCCAGGCCACCACAGGUCCAAGCCAGGGGCUCACGAUGGCUUUUUGUUUGAGGGCCCUAUUGGGCGCAGACUGCCGCCACUGUUGGUGCCAACCUCCUGGGACACCGCCACCCUGGAGCCCACACAUGCCCAGCCGUUCUGCUCACUUGAUAGCCCUCAAAGCAUCACAUCUCCAGCUGCCCCUGCAGGAUCAUGGGAGGCUUUACGUCCUCUGGUUUCCUGGCUUCCUCAUCUGCCCCACACUAGGUGCCCCUUCCCCUUUUCUCAGGAGGGGGUGCCUGCCGUUAUUCAGCAGUGGCUUCAUAGAUCACCGUCAGUGGGUCUGGCCCUGCCAGAGGGAUCCUGCUCCUCCUCUUGCUUUUAGGCAGUCUCACCUGGCAAGGUAGUUGUCCCAAGCACGUUGGCUUCCCUCCCAAGAACAAACCAUUUCUGUACACAUCUUUGGAGAGGUGAGCUCCUUGCAGAGGCCAGAGCCAGCGCAAGCCAUGGAGUAGGGGCGGAAGGAGUCCAUGGUUCCCCCAAGACCUGGUGGCUGUUAGUACCAUUCAUCCUGCCUCUUCUCGCUGGUUUGGGUUCUGAGCAAGUCCGUAGAGCCCCUCUUUUCCACUGCCUGGUGGGGCGGCAAAGGCUACCCUCUCAGCCCCAGUAGUCUCAGUUCCUCUUGGACUCUUUACCAAAUGACAGGCUGCCUCUGGGCAGGACCAUCAGUGUCUGGCACCCGCGAGGUGAGGCAGGCACCAUCCUUAAGGACCUGAGUCCAGUGGGGGAGGCAGAGCGGCUCAGGCUUGGGAGGAGCCUGUCUUUGUGCACGGAGUGAGGUGUGUGUGGAUGUGUGUGCACGCGUGCAUGCUUUUUUUUUUUUUUUCCCCAUGGGGACAGUUGAAUUUGGGGCAUUUUUCUACAAGAAACAGCCUUCUCUUCCCCCAGCAAGGACUGGCUGUUACCUAAAGUCCAUCAAAGGCACUUCCAGCCAGGAGAGAACCUCACCAAGACAGCUGGUGUGGCCCAAGGGUGGCCAAGGUGGGAAGUGGGCAUAAGAAUAAACACCUCCCCAAAUUCAAUGUGAGCCCCAGCGGGAGAGGGUGGUGGGGUUGCCAGGGCCCAGAACUGCAAGCUGAUUCCCCACCCCACCCUGCCUCGCCUUUUCUUUGUUUCCUCGUGUGAAUGCUGGAGCAGGAGUAGCUGCCUCCUCCACCUGGACAGUGGUGUGCAGCAGGCAAGCUGGGUGGGUGUUUGUGGUGGGGCCUUAUGGUGCCUGGGAGGAGAUGAAGAUGAGGAGGUUUUUCCUUACUGUAUAAAUGAAUAUUUGUAUGAUUAAAUUAACACACACCAAAAAAAAGCCCUGUUUUCAUGUGUGUCAGUGAGUUUAUUGCUCCCUGAAUCCCCUGUGUACCUGCUUGGCCCCCAGUGGCUCUGUGAUAUGCACUUUUUGGUCUCUGUGUCUCUCCUUCUUGUAUAUGGGAAAACUGAGACCCUGCAGUUCAUUAUAUGUUUGUGAAAUCAGUCCUGGGAUUAUCAUUAAAUCUGCUGCCAUUCCUGGUUUCCAGUGACCAGAAGGUGAAACUCUUUCCAGUGGCCUCCCCAGGAUACCUACCAUGCAUCUGUUGAGCACUACUCUAUCCGCAGCACAUAAGAUGUACCGGCCAAGUUAGUGUGUAUCAGCCAGCAGGCAUUGAAUGGGCACUUACUGUGUGUCAGGCACGGCGCACAGGUGUGAAUGCAGGAACUGCCCAGGAAGAAUGCAGAGCACCAUGGGCAUCUUCCUACUAGGGAAACAGACAAGGCCGAGUUGGGGAGUCCUCAGAGCCAGCUGGGACUAGAUUUAGAAGAGGAAAUGCAUCUUUCUUUAGUGGUUCUGGUGGAUUACAGAUUAGGUACCUUUUUGCAGAUUCGUCUGGGAGCCCGAGAGCCAGAUAGGGACCACACUCCAGACAGCUGACAAGCUAACUUGGAUCCUACCCCCACGUACUUAUGUGAGACAGGCCUAUGACCUUGGCCUCCGGAGAUGGGGAGAACCUCAGUGUCCCAAUCUGUAAAUGAGGACAGUUCUUUUUUCCGGAGAUGGUCAUGAGAAUUAAAACCCUUCAUAAAAGUUUAGCGUCGAAUACCCGUCACAGCCGCCAGCCCAAGCAGCAGCGGCAUGGGCAGCGCCAGCCCGGGCCUGAGUGGCGUCCCCCCCAGCCGCCUGCUGCUGCCCCCCGACACUGUGCUACGGACUGGCCUGGAGAAGGUGGCAGUGGGGGCAGGGGCACUGGGGCCCGAGAGAUGGGACUGGAGCCCCAGCCCACCUGCCACACCUGAGCAGGGCCUGUCCACCUUCUACCUCUCCUACUUCGACAUGCUGUACUCUGAGGACAGCAGCUGGGUGGCCAAGGGCCCCGGGGCCAGCACUCGGGAGGAGCCGCCCGACGAGCCCGAGCAGUGCCCCGUCAUCGACAGCCAAGCCCCGGCGGGCAGCCUGGACCUGGCACCGGGUGGGCUGACACUGGAGGAGCAUUCACUGGAGCAGGUGCAGUCCAUGGUGGUGGGCGAGGUGCUCAAGGACAUCGAGACGGCCUGCAAGCUGCUCAACAUCACGGCAGACCCCGUGGACUGGAGCCCUGGCAACGUGCAGAAGUGGCUCCUGUGGACGGAGCACCAGUACCGGCUGCCCUCCGUGGGCAAGGCCUUCCAGGAGCUGGGGGGUAAGGAGCUGUGUGCCAUGUCGGAGGAGCAGUUCCGCCAGCGCUCGCCCCUGGGCGGGGACGUGCUGCACGCCCACCUGGACAUCUGGAAAUCAGCGGCCUGGAUGAAAGAGAGGACGUCCCUGGGGGCGAUUCACUACUGUGCGUCGACCAGAGAAGAGAGCUGGACGGACAGCGAGGUGGACUCGUCCUGCUCCGGGCAGCCCAUCCACCUGUGGCAGUUUCUCAAGGAACUGCUGCUGAAGCCACACAGCUAUGGCCGCUUCAUCCGGUGGCUCAACAAGGAGAAGGGCAUCUUCAAAAUCGAGGACUCCGCGCAGGUGGCCCGGCUGUGGGGCAUCCGCAAGAACCGCCCCGCCAUGAACUACGACAAGCUGAGCCGCUCCAUCCGCCAGUAUUACAAGAAGGGCAUCAUCCGCAAGCCGGACAUCUCCCAGCGCCUGGUCUACCAGUUCGUGCACCCCAUCUGAGUGCUGCGGCCAGGCCCCAGGCCCGAACCUUGCCCUCGCCAGACCUCCCUCCUGCCUGCCCCGCCUCAGCCAGACCCUGAGCUGGGGGACAGGGCAGUCUGCUGGCAUCCGGAGUUCAAGGUCAGGGAGGGGAUGGCCCCUCGCUCCACGGGUGUCAGUGAGCUCUCUGGGGCCCGAGGGACCCCGGGGUGGGCGUGCUUUCUCCCUGGGCCCGACUGCUCCUGCGCCCAGUCCACUGGAGGACGGGGGAAGCCAGGGCUGUUCUCAGUGUUCAUGGCACGCCAGGGAAGGCCCUCCCUCCACCCAGCCUCUGACCCCAGAAGUUCCAGAGCAGAGCCGACAGAACGGCAGUGACUUGGCCAAGGCCACUCGCAGUCCAGUGCCCUCUGCCACCCAUUCUGUACCGUGCCUGGCAUGGUGCGGGGACGUCUACACCCCCAAGUUGGGAAGCCAGGGGUGCCCUGGGGACGGAUAAUAAAGAUACUAGAGAAUUGACAUGGCCCCAGUGUCCUACAUAC